GUCUCUACCUGAUCGCGCAUAGAUGACGCCGAGAAUCUCACGCAUCGCUAGUACUUAUAGCCGUCGUCUCCAUCCCGUCGUCUCCUUCGAUUUCUAGAAUUCCUCGUGCCAACCAACCCCAAAAAGCAGCAACCAAGAGAUCAGAGAAACACAUCCUCCUUCUCUUCGCCAUGACGCACAACCACUCUGAAAAGGGCCAUCCGGGUGCCUUCGACCUGGCACCGACACCCGUCGCUUCGACCUUGCCGUCGACCGGGCCCUCGACGGGGACGACCACCCCUUCGAUACACUCCGUCGGCAAAGGGGGAGACAACGAGAAGCAAGUCGAGAGGGUCACCGAGCGCGCCAUCCUCCCAGAGCAACUCGGUUCCGAGCUCAGCCGACAAGUCCGCCACAAGUACGCCUCCUCAUAUAGGAAAAUAUUCGGAGUCAUAUUUACGGCCAACCUGGCCGUCUUCGUCGCCUUGAUGGCAGUUAACAAGGGUAACCCCAACUCGCGAGACGUGGGUAGCGCCGCGUCCGCAAAUCUCAUGGUCAGCAUCUUGUUCCGGCAGGAGGAGUUCGUCAACCUAUGCUACGAGAUCUGCACCUGCGUCCCUCACUCGUGGCCCCUCUACAUCCGGAAGCGUCUCGCAAAGGUCUUCCACUACGGAGGUUGCCACAGCGGCGCGGGAACGGCCGCGGUAGUAUGGUAUAUCUUAUACACGAUAUUGGCGACCAAGGACUGGAUCGACGAGCCGGUCACCGACGAGCUGGUGAACAUGAUCACCAGCUGGAUCUUGGUCACCAUGUUCAUGGUCAUCCUAACCUCGGCUCACCCCGACCUGCGCCGGAAGUUUCACGACUACUUCGAGGCCUUCCACCGCUUCGCCGGCUGGACGGCCCUGACGACCUUCUGGAUCCACAACAUCUUCUCCGCCAGAGUCACCGCCAGGCAGUGGGACGCCUCUCUCGGCUACGUCCUCAUCCACUCCCCCAACUUCUGGUGCAUCUGCAUCUCGACCACGUGCACCCUCGCUUCCUGGUCUCGUCUGCGCCACCGCGUGGUGUACCCCGAGAAGCUGAGCGACCACGCCACCCGCCUGCACUUCAAGUACAGGGGCAUGGCGCCCUUCUACGGCCUCAAGAUCAGCGACAAGCCCAUGACCGAGUGGCACGCCUUCGCCACCAUCCCCGACGUCGACCCCGAGUCCGGCAAGAUCAACGGCUUCAGCGUCGUCGUCAGCAACGCCGGCGACUGGACCAAGAAGCAGAUCAUGAAGCCCAACGAGCGAAAGCUAUGGGUCCGCGGCGCUCCCCUCCACGGUCUCCUCUACACCUCCAAGCUGUUCAAGAAGAUCGUCGUCGUCGCCACCGGAUCCGGCAUCGGCCCUUGCCUGUCGCUCCUCUUCGCCGACGUCACCCCCCGCCGCGUCUUCUGGAGUACCCGAGAGCCUCACGGGACAUACGGCCCCCAAGUCGUGGCCGAGGUCAAGCGAGCAGACCCCAACGCGGUGAUCUGGAACACCCACGAGAGAGGAUACCCCGACAUCGUCCGGGAAGUCUACCAACUCGUCCACGAAUCCGACGCCGAGGCCGUCUUCAUCAUCUCCAACCCCAAGGUGACGGAGAAGGUCGUCUACGGCAUGACCACCCGCGGCAUCCCCGCUUACGGUGCUAUUUUCGACUCUUAAACGACGGCAAUGAUAAUGAACGGAUCACGACGGGGGACUGCACAUCGGCAAGUCCGCUAAACUUAUCUCUAAACUUACUAGGGAUACCAGGGAGGGUAAUGUGACAAUGUAGGGAUUAGCGCAGCAUCAAGUUUGGAUUCGGCGUGGGAUCACGACCAGGGGAGUGGCAUUGUCGACGAGAAGCUAAAGUGGAACUUUUCUUAUUGGCGGGCAGCAGAGCCGCUCCUGUAACCUUUUCACUUCGCGACGUUCUUUUCCUUGACACUUCACCCCGUUUCGUUUUCAAACUCUGCAGGAAUAUGGCUGCACAUCACGAGGACAUUGUAAAUAGAUUAUUAGAUAACGCGAAAUGCCGCUUCUCAGGUUGGACACAAGAUAUCACUAG